CCAUAAUAUUACUCUUUCUAUAUCAUCAACCAACAAACAAGCAAUAUUCCAAUAACUUGAAAUCUUGAAUCAUUUCAUACAUUUUCAGAAGCUUCACAAAAGGAUUCGAACUUUCAGAGAAAGAAACUAGAAAUGGCUUUCGUAAGAAAUCUAUUGGGUGCAAAGAAGAUUCUUGGAGCAACAACAAGCAAAAGGGCAACCUUGGCGGCACCAAAGGGGUUUCUAAUGGUGUACGUAGGAGAGAGCCAGAAGAAGAGAUAUGUGGUGCCAAUCUCAUACUUGAGCCAGCCUUACUUUCAAGCUCUUUUGAGCAAAUCUGAAGAAGAAUUUGGGUUCGAUCAUCCAAUGGGUGGCUUAACGAUCCCUUGUCCUGAAGAUACUUUCAUCAAUGUUACUUCUCAGCUUAAGUGAUGAUUAUUCUUCAAAUUAGAGAUAGAUUUUGUUCCUUGUAAAUAUAGGAUACCAAUUUUAUGAAAUAGACACAACAUGAUUCAUGUUAAUACAAAUUUAAUUUCAUAAUUAUUUUUAGGGAAUUUAAAUGGACUUCUACAUUAGCUUU